AUGAGUGUGACUUCUCUGCAGCUGUCCCACCUGUCUGGCCGGCUCCACCUCCUGAGUCUUGCAGAUCUUCCAAUUCAGAGCUCUAAUGUGAGGCUCCUGUUCCCAGACUCCUUUGCAGCCAAGACGUUACAGGUGGCCUACGUCUACACUCUUCGCCUCCUGGAGAGCCUGCCAGCUAGCUCUGAUACUCAGUACAUGGAAUUUCUGUUUGCAAUCAAGAACCCUGAUGGCUUUAAGGUCCUCAUGUCUGUCAGGCGCUGGAGUCAAACUGACAUGAUGCUUGAGGAGGAGGAGGAGGGAGAGGAAGACGAAGAGGAAGACGAAGACGAAGAAGAAGACGACGAAGAAGACGAAGAAGAAGACGAAGACGAAGAAGACGAAGAAGAAGAAGAUGAAGAAGACGAAGAAGACGACGAAGACUACGAAGACGAAGAAGACCAAGAAGACCAAGAAGACCAAGAAGAAGACGCAGAAGAAGACGACGACAACGAAGAAGAAGAAGAAGACGACGACGACGAAGACGAAGAAGAAGAAUUAUUCAACCACGAUAGUAAUCCACCAAUUUUAAUUUUUCUUGGUGAUAUCCCCCUAGAGCCUGGAUGUUUAAACUGA